AAACUGCAAGCCGGACCCCAGGCCGCCUCCUGCCGCCGCCUCGCUGUCCUCCCGCGAGCGCUCCACCAUGGGUAGUCCUCUUUUCACCUUAUAAAGAUGGCGGUGCGGGAUCGCUGCAACCUUUAGACUAAUGACUGUCCGAAACAUCGCCUCCAUCUGUAAUAUGGGCACCAAUGCCUCUGCUCUGGAAAAAGACAUUGGUCCAGAGCAGUUUCCAAUCAAUGAACACUACUUCGGAUUGGUCAAUUUCGGAAACACAUGCUACUGUAACUCCGUGCUUCAGGCAUUGUACUUUUGCCGGCCAUUCCGUGAGAAUGUGCUGGCAUACAAGGCCCAGCAAAAAAAGAAGGAAAACUUGCUGACGUGCCUGGCAGACCUUUUCCACAGCAUCGCCACGCAGAAGAAGAAGGUUGGUGUGAUCCCACCAAAGAAGUUCAUCUCCAGGCUGAGAAAGGAGAAUGAUCUCUUUGACAACUACAUGCAGCAGGAUGCUCACGAGUUUUUAAAUUAUUUGCUAAACACUAUUGCGGACAUCCUGCAGGAAGAGAAGAAGCAGGAAAAGCAAAAUGGGAAGUUAAAAAAUGGCAACAUGAACGAACCUGCGGAGAACAAUAAACCGGAACUCACCUGGGUCCAUGAGAUUUUUCAGGGAACGCUCACCAAUGAAACUCGAUGCUUGAACUGUGAAACUGUGAGUAGCAAAGAUGAAGACUUUCUUGACCUUUCUGUGGAUGUAGAGCAGAAUACGUCCAUCACCCACUGUCUAAGAGACUUCAGCAACACAGAAACACUGUGUAGUGAACAGAAAUAUUAUUGUGAGACGUGCUGCAGCAAACAGGAGGCCCAGAAAAGGAUGAGAGUAAAAAAGCUCCCCAUGAUCCUGGCCCUCCACCUGAAACGGUUCAAGUACAUGGAGCAGCUCCACAGGUACACCAAGCUGUCUUACCGGGUGGUCUUCCCUCUGGAGCUCCGGCUCUUCAACACUUCCAGCGACGCCGUAAACCUGGACCGCAUGUAUGACCUGGUUGCCGUUGUCGUUCACUGUGGCAGUGGUCCCAAUCGUGGGCAUUAUAUUACUAUUGUGAAAAGUCAUGGCUUCUGGCUUUUGUUUGAUGAUGACAUUGUAGAGAAAAUUGAUGCUCAAGCUAUUGAAGAAUUCUAUGGCCUGACAUCAGAUAUAUCUAAAAAUUCAGAAUCUGGAUAUAUUUUAUUCUAUCAGUCAAGAGAAUAAUUUAAAGAACUGUGGAACUCACUCAAGUGGGGAGAAUGUUCAAAGCACUAUUCCCUGGUUUCUCUGCAGACUUUUCUUCUUCCCCAGUGGCCCACCAGUGGUAUCACUCCGAGUCUCAGUAUGCUGGCUGUGUUAGACUCUUCCCCCACCUCCCCUUAUUUUUUACAUGCAGCACUACUUUUGGUUUUAUUUUAGUUGGUGUAGAGUUAACUGCAAUCAGAGUAUAGUAAGAUUGAUACAAAUAACAGUUGCUAAAUGAAGAACUUGGGUAUACACCACACCACUUGUCAUGUCUGGCUCAAUUAGGAUGGCAUUUCUUAUGAAUGUCUGUAAUCUACUUGGGGUCCGUGAUAACUUAUAAAUAGCUUCCAGGGUCUUCUUGCAGUACAUCCAUUUUAAUUCAUCCCUGGAAACACUGUUCCCUGGUUUUAGCUUCUGUUGCCUCUCUUCUGACCGGAGGACAGAAGAAUUGGGUAGAGGUUCACCUUUCAGGGCUGACAACUAUAGCUUUAAGUUUGUGCGAGUGAAAAUGUUGAAGAGUGAAUCACUUCCAGACUAGAAUCCUUCUCCAUGUGGAAUGGGGCGAAGAGAGGCUGUACAUGGUGGUAGCAUUAACACCAGUAGGAUCCCAGGGGCUAAGGUGUGGAGCUCAGGGUAGGCAAAGUCAAGAGGAGGACGCUUUUGUGAACAGUGAAAAGCUAAACCUUUCUCGUCUUUCUACCAAAAGGAAAUUUCAGGCAAAUAACUAUAUGCUGUUUGUUUUUAGUG